GCGGACGCCACUUGCCGUACUAACUAUGUGUCACGAAUCUCCCACGUCCCAAUUUAUGGGAGGCAUGGUCACAACCUUGGGCACUGUCUUCAUCUUCUACCACAUCUGGGCAUACGAUAAAGGCAAAUGUCUCUUUUUCACCCGACGGAGCGCGUUUCGCUGGGUGAUUGUCUGGAUGUUCAUCCUCUCUAUGAUUUUGUUUGAAGUUUGGAACGUUAUUCUCAUCUAUGUCAAGUACAAAGAGUGGUAUAUGGAGGUCUCAACCACCGAAACCCAUACUGAGAUCGUCCCGGUACCCUUUACGCUUUGGUCAGAUUCACGACAACAGCUCGUCAGAAACGCUUACCAACUCCUUGCCAUCGCAUGGGUUCUUGUCCUCUCCAUCCACUCUGAAGAAACACUCUAUUGGGCAUAUUUGAUUGGAGCUAUCCGAGGGAAAGACACCGGGACCUGGUACAAAAGUCCGCAUUUCAAGAUCUGGGUCUUUGUUUGUCUGCUUUGCGCCGGUGUUAUGCCGGGUGUAGCCAAUAUCGAGACCGACGACCUGACAAAGAUGGAGGAUAACAUCUUCCUCGCUGGAUCCAUCUCCGCCUUCAUCCUCUUUAUCGGCAGUGUCUGGCUCCUCAUUGUCUUCCCUCGUUUUAUCAAGGAAUCACGACGCCAAGGUGCCAAUCAAGAUGUACUCGCCCGCCUCCAGUACUUUAAAGAACUCAACAUCGUCCGCACCCUCUUCCGAUUCCUGUACUGUGUCGCCAUCUUCACCCUCGCCAUUGACGGCCGCACGGCAUCCAAGCACGUCAACUCUCACCCAUUCUGGCUUGACUUGUUUUACAUCUGCGGUCUUUUUUCCGUCUUUGCGUCCAACUCUCUCUCGCUCAUGAUCCUCCUUCCUCGAAACAUGGCACAUGAAGCCGGGUACGUUCCCGCGAACCAAGUGUUUGUUCGACAAACCCGCCGCUGUCUUCCCCUACACAAUAUCCCGCAUACGGGUGGCAAAGCCCAGCUUUUCGGCACAUCCACCGUCAAUUCCUCGGCCGGCGGGAAAUUCGCACCAUACUCUUCUUCUUCUUCCUCUCCUUCUUCAGAGGGUGUUAAACAGGGUACCCGCCUUGACCGGAUGGUUUAUAGUUCUUCCCCUCUACGCGAUAACGGAUCUCGACGAGGAUCCAAACCGUGGGAUGUCCUGGGCGAGAGACUUAAUCUCGAUGCGACUGAUAUAGAGGAUAUCGAGGUUGGUAUCGCUAUGGAUGCGGAUCCGAGGAGGGUGCAGAGAGAAAGGGAGGAAGAGGAGAGAAAGGUGGGAGAGACGAGUAAGUUGAGUCAGAUGACGACGGAUAGCGAUAAGCCGUUUGCGAGGACAAAGGGUGAAAGACUGUUGACAGAGGGCGAGAUGGUGAAUGAACCUACUAGCCUUCUUGAUCACUUUCGCUCCCCUGCAGACUUUGCAAACCCGCCAAGACCGCGGGAUCUCAAUAUCCUUAUUGUCACGGAUACAGUCGAAGUUGAAGAGAAGAGUUGAAAAGUGUUUGGUUCUUUUUUUGUCUGUUUCUGCUCCUGCGCCCACCCCUUGCUUUCGGAUAUAUAGAUUUAUCAUUGUUGGUCCGGUAAAAAGGGUUUCGUUGUCUUGUCGGGGUUGUUCUCCAAAAGUGAGACAUUAUAGCAUCAGUUGUCA